AUGUUGUCGCUGAUGUUCCUGCCUGGCGGAUUUCUGCAAGGGGCAUUCGUCCCUUGCUGCGCUCACGUGGCUGCAGAUGUCGCAAGUCCUUGUGCGCCAGUGUCUGCCGUAAAGAGCUGCAGCAAAAGCCAGGCUCUGCGCUGUGGGCUCGUGCCAGUAUUCAUGCAGGAGGAGGAGGAUGGAGCCGCCAGCUACGCCUCCAUCGACGAGGUUCGGGAGCUCGUGCAUGCGAUCGGCCUCGACCCUGAGGUACUGAAGCUCAGCGUCCGGAUGGAGCGGGCGGUGCACGACUCGCUCUCAAAGGCGGCGCCCACACUGCGCAAGUCGGUGCGCUCUGCCAUCGAGCUCGAGCUGUCGGCGCUCGACGGACCAGAGCCCACUGGCCCUGUCUCCAAACUGGGCGGGGUGCCGUGGCUCAAGCCGGACGAUCAGUGGCCCACGUGCAAGUGCUGCGGGCAGCCGCUCGCUUUCUUUGCACAGCUGAACCUGGGGGCGCUGCGGGGCAGCGUCACGCUGCCGCCAUCGUCGCCACCGAUCGGCAUCGUGCCGGAGCUCAGCCGCAGCAGUGGGCUGCUCCAGCUGUGGGGUUGCACCGAUGGCUUCCGGAUUGAGGAUCCGCAGGAUCCGGAAGCCAUGAUGGCGGCGGCAGUCAUGCGGGAAGCCAUGGCGGCAGACCUUGCGCAGGAAGACAUUGAUUGUCUGCGAGACAUUGACUGUGAGGAUGCGACGUACGACAACCCGUUCGGUGGCACCGAGUUCCUCCGCCUCGUGCCGCAGGAAGAGCUGGGCAGCCCGACUCCUCCCAGUGGCGUCCCCGUGCUACCGACGGACCUCGUGUCGGCGGUGGGUGUGAGAGCGGAGCUCGGCUUCGAGGAUAGCGAGCUGCGGGAGGAGCGCUGGCGAGUCGGAAGCGAGCUGGGGCGCUUUGCUGAUUGGCUCGAGUACUCUGGUGGCCACGGCAAUUGGGUUGGUGGCUGGGCCGAUUGGUUGCAGGGGCCCCGCUAUCCAGAGUGCCCAAAGUGCAGCGAGCCGAUGACGAAUGUUCUCUUCAAUUGGGAUGGGGGUGCUAUUGACAUGGAUGUCCCAGCGAUCGUCACGCAGUGUCCAAAGUGUCCAGAACAGUUGGCGUUCUUGUGGGACCUAGACUAG